AGCUUUGAGAGGUCAAUCUGGAAAGCAAAGUUGCUGCUGAAUUGCUGUCUUAUCCCGGAGAAUAACACUGCUUUUGCAAGGUCUGCUGCCAUGUGGCUGCUGGACAAAGUCCGCUCCUCUUCGGAGGACGCUGCCUCCGCCUCGCUGUCCACUUCUCCGUCCGGCAAUGCCGCCCCUUUCGCCAACAUCCUGACCCCGGACCGCAUUCCGGAGUUCUGCAUCCCUCCGAGGCUGACGUCCGUUUCUCCACCGUCGAAGAACCCCGGUUCGGGUUUCUUGCCGCACCGAUGCAUCACCGAGAUGGGUCUGCAAACCAAGGAGCAAUUCCUGCCACACUUGAUCCAGGUGGAAAGCGUCGACGAAGAGGAGGAGGAGGACGGCACCAAUUCGGACCCUCGCUCGCAAGCGGCCUUGUCGUUGCCCCAUUUCCAAAAGGCACAGACUUCUUACGGCUUUUGCACUUUGUUGGAGAGUCCUCACACGAGGCGGAAGGAGUCCAUCUUCCAUAGCGAAGGACCUUUUGCUUGUGGCUUGAGCUUGCCACGAUCGCGGUCUAGUAGUUAUAGCGGCCGGGAACUGCAGACAAUUGGGUCACGGUCUGGUAGUUAUAGCGGACGAGAACUGACCGUUCCCAUCCAGGCAACUGGACCUAUCACUGUCCGGUCGCUUCAAGAACUCACCGUUCCUAUCCAGACAACCGGGUCACGGUCUCGUACUUAUAGCGGACGAGAACUGACCGUUCCCAUACAGACAUCCGGGUUGCGGUCUGGUAGUUUUAGCGGACGAGAACUGACCGUUCCAAUCCACGGGCGAGAGACAACCCGACCUAUCACCGUCCAGUCGCUUCAACGGCAGCGUCAAUGCGUUUGGGACAGCGAUACGACCGUUUCGUCCACCGACUCGUCCCCAUUUAGUUCCCCACGUUUGGGACAACGAUGUGGAUCGCUCUUCAAAGCAUUCAGCCAUGACGGAUUGCUGAAAUCGAAAAGCAACGGUGUCCGAAUUGGACGGGCCGGGUCUUUGUCUGCGGAUGAAAGCGGCAGCUCUACUGACAGCAGCCCCAACGCAACACGGCGCUCUUCGGAGAGCCUGUGCGAGCCGUCUCCUCGUUCGUACAGCCUCUCCGCACUCCCCGUUUUCCCUAUAGAAUUAGAGAGGCUGAGCCGCGAGAGUGUGAUCGCCGUAGGCCCGGCGGCCAUCAUCCGACUGUCUUCGGAGUACUGUCCCCACAACCGCCGCCUCCGCGUCCGGCUCAUCAGCGCCGAGGGUCUCUACCCGCCCACCGCCGACCCGAAAGGCAUCCACUGUUGUGUCUCGUUUGCCUUGUUGCCGGGCAAGAUGCAGAAACAGCGCAGCACUGGCAUCAAGCGCAGCCGCAACCCCAUCUUCAAGGAGGACUUCUUCUUCGUCGGCCUGGCCGAAGACGAUCUCUACGACUUUGCGCUGCGGAUAAAGGCCGUCAACAAAGGCAGCGGUGUGAAGAGGGACGUGGUCUUGGCUGAGAGCCGCGUGGCUCUUCACCUCCUCCUUGCCACAUGAAAAUGGGCCAAUUUUGUAUUCAUUGCAACUAGACAGGCCUGGGCUAUCUUCAGCCCACCCUCCAGAUGUUUUGGACUUGACCUCCCACAACGUGGGUAUGCAGAUGAUCUCUUGAUUGACUUACGUGCCCAGUUCCAAGAGGACAAAGGCAUGGGCCAACUGCGGCCCUGCUUCCAGGUGUUUUGGACUUUAUGUAGAUGAUCCCUUGGUUGACUUACGUGCCCAUUUCCAAGAGGG